UGCCAUUAGUGUCGUAAAGAGAAAGCAUCCGGCGGAAUGCCUUUACGGUAAAUUACCCAAACUGUCGGAAAGAAGAAAAUGGCAGUUUCGUUGAUUUGCAGUGAGACUGUGAGCAGGGUGAGUUCCGUUCUAAACAGAGACGUCAAGCAGUUUGGGAAGAAGCACAUGUUUGAUUCCAACGAGGAAACGUGCUGGAACUCGGACCAGGGUGCUACCCAGUGGGUGCUUCUGGAAUUCCCACAGGAGGUGAGAGUCUCUGAGGUCAGGGUGCAGUUUCAGGGAGGGUUCACUGGCAACACCUGCCGAAUUGAAGGUUGCCAAAAAGACGAAGCGUUUACAAAGCUAGCAGAUUUCUACCCAGAGGACAAGAACUCGCUGCAGAUAUCCUUUGAGAUAGGCCUGGUUCGGAACAGAAGGACGCAGGAGAUUCUAAAUGUUCAUGACCACUGUUACUACCCUAAACAAAUGAAAAACUGGACCAAGCCAGAUGCAACCAAGGAUUGUGCAAAUCCUUGCAGGGAUGGAAAUAAGACUCCCAUUGCGUAUCAUUUUAAUGCAUGCCAGAGUUUAGUAAGACGCACCUGAGCUUGUUACCUGUACACCGUGGCUAAUCAAGCUCAUAGUAAAACCUGGAAUGGGUGAAACUGCUAUGCAAUAGGAGUCUUAUUUCCAUCCCUGCCUUGCCAGAUCUUCUGCUAUUUAGAAUACCCCUCUAGUGGUAUAUGUAGGCAUUGACUUCUACUUCAUCUGCUACAUUUGAACACAUUUUUUGGGAUACUUGAUAUGGUUUCAUAGACCCUGAUUAGCACUAAACUCGGGCUACCCUAUUGUUACUUUAGCUAAGGCAAUCUGAGAUUUAGUGCUAAUCAGGGGGCUGUGAAACCAGCCACAAGUUAUUUGUCGUGCAAGAGUGCAGCCCUGGGGGACAGCCUGUUCCAUGUCCCUGCAUAAACUGUGUGUUUAGUACCAAGCAGUUUGCUCCAGUGUCCUUUCCUUGACUCACACCCACAGCUUUCCCAUCCACGGAGGCGCGCUGGUUCGCAGGGUAAAAAUAGUGUUUGAGAACAGCACGGAUUUCUUUGGCAGGGUUAUUGUUUACACACUGGACGUCCUGGGAGACAAGGUCUGAUGUCGUUUUUGUUUCUGGAUCACAAACCGGAAUGCCCGUUGGAAGUGACGGGCUGUGAGGAGCGGGCUGUGCCCACUGCGCCUUCCAGAGCAGGAGGGUGACGUUCAGCCAGGCCAGCAGAAAUGCAAGCGGAUGAACUGGGAGCGGCUGUCUGUCAGGAAGACUGGAGCACAGAACUCUUAAGAGAAUGAAUUGGGCCACAUUCACAAACAUUAACCCCAGUGAUUUGUAACGUUAACACUUCUUUUUUAUUUGAAAGGAGAAACUUAGCACUUGGGGAGUUGCUUUCAAUAUAUUACCUAGGUGCCUGAUGACCAAACAUUGAAAUAAAAAUUCAUUUUGAAAUAUA